AUGGCCAGCCAGAUCCUCUUAGCAGCGCUAGCGCUUUUGGCUAGUUUCGUCGCUGCUCACGGCGGCCUUGCAAAUUAUACUGUUGGCGAUACUUGGUACAGGGGAUACAGCCCGGACGAGCCGUUGGAAGACCAACAAGGCAAGCCUUGGAUGGUCCAGAGGAUAUGGGCGAGCAUAGACCCGAUAUUCUUCGUAAACGAUACUGGGUUGGCUUGCAAUACCCCAGGCACAGCGCCGCCGUCGUAUAUUCCCAUCGCAGCUGGGGAUAACAUUACGGCAGUUUAUUGGUAUUGGCUUCAUCCGUACGGGCCCAUGUCGAUUUGGCUCGCCGACUGCGGGGAGUCUUGCGAGGACGUCGACGUGAAUCAGCUAGAUUUCUUUAAGAUCUGGGAGGCGGGCUUGGUGGAGGGAAACAUCGUAGAAGGUAUAUGGUAUCAGAAGCAGUUCCAGAACUGGGAUGGAUCUCCAGACCUAUGGUCCGUUACGAUCCCGACGACCAUCAAGCCGGGGCUCUACAUUAUCAGGCACGAGAUCCUGAGCAUCCACAUAGAGAAUAAGCCUCAGUUCUAUCCCGAGUGUGCGCAUCUGAACAUCACCGGAACAGGGACGGCGGUACCGUCACCUGAGUAUUUUGCUAGGUUCCCCGGGACGUAUAAGGAAGAUGAUCCGUCGAUCAAGAUUAACAUCUACUCGGAUGAAAUAAAGGCGCAAACGAAUUACACGAUUCCCGGACCGCUGGUAUGGGAUGGAUUUGUAAACAAGUACUGUCAGGAUUGUUAG